UCCAAAUAUGGAAGAAGAUUUGCAGAAGAGAGGGUCAGUGGUAGGGCACAACUUUCUACCAGUCUGUGCGGCCCACUGAGGCAGAAAGAAAGCCACUAAUUGCGUGUACUCCGCCGAAGCCCGCUGAAGCCAUGAGCAGAAAAAAGCAAACCAUUCAAAGGCAUCAUAUAGAGUCAAUUGCCAAAGGUAGGGAAGACGCUUGCUUGACUUGAAUGACAAAUUGACUACAGAAGGGAGUCCAAAUGUCCUCCUGAGAAAAGUGUGUGGAUGGACGUCACUUUUGCUUGAUUUCAGAAAGUUGGUUGCCCGGCUCGAUGGACAACGUGAAGAUAGUCCUUCCCUGACAAAGUGCGCUCUACCAAGACGUUGCUGUGUAUAAUUAGAAAAGGACAAAUGUUUGAAAAAGGUCCAACGGCUUCCGUUUGUCAGUUUGGUCACUUCCCAAUUAAAGUUGACUUUACUGUCCAAUUUGUACACUUUUACAAGGUCUUAAUUGCGUUCGAUACAGUUGUGUUGAGCCCACUUGUCCCACCCAGUAUGUUUGAGUAGGUUCCCUCCACGCUCCACACUCACUUGAUGUGGGAGAGGCCAUUGGGGGGGGGGGGCGAACUGGUGUCGGCUGGGCAAUCGGACACAUGACUUUGACAGCCAGAAGCACAACAGCGGGCUGAGUGGGCUCUUGCAAGGCAUUGCCACGGAAAUCUUCAAUCAGAAUGGAAACUCGGAGGGAAAACUCCAACAAAUGUGGGAUCAUAUGUCUGAAGUACAUGCUCCUCAUGUUUAACAUUCUUUUUUGGGUGGCAGGGGGUGCGGUGUUGGCCGUGGGCGUUUGGACUUUGGUGGAAAAGAGGGACUACAUAAGUCUGCUGAACUCCAACUUCUACACAGCAUCCGCUUACGUCCUCAUUGUCGCCGGGGCCGUUGUGGUCGUCACCGGCAUCAUCGGAUGCUGCGCCACUCUGGGGGAGAUGAAGAGGCUUUUGAUUGUGUACUUGGUGCUGUUGCUGUGUGUUUUUCUGCUGGAAGUCAUCGCAGGUGUCUUGGCAUACAUGAAAUACCAAGAGUGUUUCCCUUUCUGCCAAAAGCUGGAUGAGGAGCUGAGGCAAAACUUGAAGGUGACCAUGCAGCACAAAUACCAACAAGCCGGGGAGGACAGCGUCACACAAGCCGUGGACAAGCUCCAUCAAGAGUUCCAGUGCUGCGGCAGUAACAGCUCCUCCGACUGGAAAGACAGCAUUUGGAUCCGGGCCGCCGCGCGAGACGGCCAGCUUGUUCCUGACAGCUGCUGUAAAACACCCAGCAGCCUCUGCGGCAUCAGCGAGCAUCCCUCCAAUGUUUACAAAGCGGAGGGAGGCUGCGUCAUGAAAUUGGAGGAGUUCAUUCUCAGUCAGCUGUCUAUUCUUGGCGCACUGGGCAUGGUGAUUGCACUUUUACAGACAGCAACGCCUGGGGGGAAGCCAAUGGAUUUUGUCGGGGUGGAUGACAGCACCUCCAGGUGGCUGCAGGACUUUAACAUGAAACCUUACGCAACUCCUGCCAAACUUGAAUCCAUCGAUGGGGCUCGAUACCAGUCUCUGCUCAUUCCCGACUGCCCGGGAGCCCCCGUGGACCUGGCCCACAGCGGCUCUCUGCACCGUAUUCUCUCCCACUUCAUCUCUCAGGAGAAAGCCGUGUGUGCUGUCGGACAGGGAGUGUCGGCUCUUUGCUCUGCCACCGAGGGGAACCGGUGGCUCUUGGACGGCUACAGUUUGACCGGGCCGUCGGUGUUUGAGCUGGUGCGGAGGCCGGACUUUGCCAACCUGCCUUUAAUCGUAGAAGACUUUGUGAAGGACAGCGGUGGCUCAUACACAGCGAGCCAAGAGGACGCCGUGCACGUGGUCGCCGACAGACACCUGAUAACCGGUCAGAACGUGCAGUCCACCUGGCUUGCCGUCAACAAUUUAAUUCUGCUUGCUAGCGCCAAGUGAGAUGAGCUGAGUCCCAUUUGGCAUCAAAGAUGAAUUUAUUCUGUGAGCAAACUCGAUGCACUUGCACAUCAAAUCCAUCAUUUAUGCAGCACCUUGUCUCCGUGAAGGUAAUACUAUCGUAUUAUUCAUACAUGUCCUGCUCGACACGCUUCUCCUUUCUUCACGGAACUUCACCCAUUGAUGUAUUUGCAGUAACUUUGCAUUUUCUCUGUCCCAAUCAACCAUUAAAUCCUUUCAGCAGC